AUGCAGGUGGUUAUUGGAAUUGAGGCCUCCGAGGAGCAGGAGCCCAAGUCAGCCGCCGGUCGCUGGGGGAGGUUCAUGGGCUCGGAAAAGAGCCAGCCUGAUGGGUCGAUCGUGUCCAUCGGCCACGGUGAGGUCGGUGAAGCGCGAGCGGCGAAGGAAGAGCGGCACACACGCACCACGCCACACCUCCUGUUGCUGGGCGACCCUGGCACCGGCAAGUCGCAGUUGCUUCAGGCUGCACAAGAGUUGACGCGCAGCGUGCGCACCAGCGGCCUUGGUUGUACCAGCGCAGGGCUCACGUGCGCGGCCGUACGUGAUGGUGCAGACUGGGUGCUCGAGGCUGGCGCCUUGGUCCUGGCGGAUGGCGGUGUCUGUUGCAUCGACGAAUUCUCCACCAUUCGCAGUCAUGACAAGGCUGCCGUGCACGAGGCGAUGGAGCAGCAGACGGUAUCGGUGGCCAAAGCGGGCUUGGUAUGUCGCCUGCGCUCGCGCUGCAGCGUGGUGGCAGCACAGAAUUGUCGUGGCGCCAAAAAACAGGGCGCCAGUUAUGACCUGCAGGCCUCGGUGGCGGUGAACAGCGGCUUGCCGCCACCAUUGCUGAGUCGAUUUGACCUGGUGGUGGUGUUCGCGGAAGGUGGUAAGGGCGUCAGCGACUCUGACAAAGCGGAUUUCAUCAUCGACAGCCGAGAACCCGAGAAGAAGCCGGCUGUGCCAGGCGAGGUGGAAGAGAAAUGGAAUCAUAGCAGGUUGCGUCAGUACGUGGCAUGGGCCAAAGAGCGACGUCUGGACGAGGACGAUGAAGCCGGCUCUGCCACUCUGCUGCAGACGUACUUCGGAAAGCUCCGCAGCACCUCCCUGUCCACUGGGGGCACAGGAGGAGUCACUGCACGCACCUUGGAAAGUUUGGUCCGUUUAUCCCAAGCACACGCUAAGCUCAUGAACCACAGGACUGGGAAAGCUUUGCAAGUGGCGUGCUUGAAUGUGGAAAAUGACGCUGACGCCGCCGCCCACAGGUGUGUGCAGAUCGAAGAUGCCGUGGCAGUGGUCCUGUUGCACCGGGCCUCCUUACAGGACCAUGUGGUGGGAGCUGAAUCGGGCUUGUCCCCUACUGAAGACUUCGCGCCCAGCAUGCGUGAUCUACACGAUGAGACAGCUGCCUGCGGAGUGCACGUGUCUCUGGAAGGGCUUGGAUCGCUGAACCACGGGACGGACAUCGUGAACAAAGCCAUCUACGGCCGAAUCGAACAGGCGGUCCUUCGGAGUUUGAAGCUGUGUCGUUCCAGGAACGACCGACGCCAGCUGGUGCGGAUGGAAUAUCAGGGCGCUGUUCCCUUGGCGAUCGCGGAUAUCGCCAGCCCACAGGUCCGGCCAACAUCCUUGACACCAAGCCCACCAGCGUCACAGGUGCUGAGCCCGCAGCCGUGGCCUAACACGCCAGCUACCCAGCAAGCGGAGGCCAAACCCAGGGGAAGGCAAUUGGGGUGCCGCCUACGAUGAUGGGGACAACUCAUUGUGGCGAGC